CGAAAGCGCAGGGCAAAUUCUAUUCAAGUUUCUUGUUUGGGCGCUUUAUAAGCGCUUGCCAUGGCCCAAGAGCUCUCCAAGGGUCACGGUCUCCAGGGCGAGCAAUCCAUGGCAGCGAUGGACACCGGAUUGAAGGCGCUAGGCGUUGGCAACGGCGACGGCGUGGCGGCGCCGCCCGGCGUGUUGAGGCGCCGCGCAUCGCCGGCGCUCCGAUCGGCAUUUCCAGGAGGUAAUCUGCGGGCUAGCCUGGCCAAGGAUCCAGCUCCGGCCGCGGGUGAGGGCGGCCUCAACAUCGCCGAGGAUGUCACCCAGCUGAUUGGGAAGACGCCGAUGGUUUAUCUCAACAGCGUGGUGGAAGGAUGCGUCGCGAACAUCGCUGCGAAAUUGGAGAUCAUGGAGCCUUGCUGCAGUGUCAAGGACCGAAUUGGAUUGAGCAUGAUCUCCGAUGCCGAGGCCAAAGGUGCCAUUUCUCCUGGAAAGAGCGUUCUCGUGGAGCCUACGAGUGGAAACACUGGGAUUGGUCUGGCGUUCAUCGCUGCGGCCAAGGGCUACAAGCUCAUCCUCACCAUGCCCGCAUCGAUGAGCAUGGAACGCCGAGUUCUACUCAAGGCAUUUGGAGCCGAGCUGGUUCUCACUGAUCCUGCCAAAGGCAUGAAGGGAGCUGUCUCAAAGGCUGAAGAGAUUGUGAGCAAGACACCAAAUGCGUACAUGCUUCAGCAAUUUGAGAACCCAGCUAAUCCGAAAAUUCACUUUGAAACCACGGGACCAGAGGUCUGGGAAGACACCCGAGGAAAAAUCGAUUUUUUUGUUUCGGGGAUUGGAACUGGCGGUACUGUGACUGGUGCUGGACGAUAUCUCAAGGACAAGAACCCGAAUAUCAAAAUUGUUGGUGUGGAGCCAACUGAGAGCAACGUCUUAUCCGGUGGCAAACCAGGACCUCACAAGAUUCAAGGAAUGGGAGCUGGAUUUAUUCCCGGGAUCUUGGAAGUCGGAAUUCUCGACGAGGUCGUGGAGAUCUCUAGCAACGACGCAGUCGAGAUGGCAAAGCAGCUUGCUCUCAAGGAAGGACUGCUCGUUGGUAUUUCAUCUGGAGCUGCUGUUGCAGCUGCGAUCCAGAUUGCGAAGAGACCCGAGAAUGAGAACAAGCUCAUUGUGGUGAUUCUUCCAAGCUUUGGCGAACGUUACCUCUCGUCGGUCUUGUUCCAGUCGAUCAGAGAGGAAACGGAGAAGAUGCAGCCAGAGCCGUGAUUCACUCCUUGUGUGUUCUUAUUUAUGGAAACGAUCACUUGAAUAAUUUCAAGACCAAGUCGCUAUAGAAAACUCGACUGGAAUCGAAUUAACAGAGAAAAAAAGAAUGAGUUUAGCCGUU